AAUUAGUUUCUUAAUUGAAUGGCGGAGAGUCCUGAUUAAUUAAAACGAUCUCAUCAUCAUCAUCUCACCGGGAAAAUCAUAUCUUGAUCAUUGGCAGAUCCACCGCAUCUCCGCCGUAAUCUUCCCGCCGUCUUCCGUUUUAUCUUCUUUGAUCACCUUACAAAGGUGUAAUCAGCAGGUCACAUUAUUGUAUUUAAAAGAGAGAGAGAGAGAGAUAUGAAGACAAUUGCAGCAGUUUUUGUGGCAGUCCUGCUUGUGGUGUCUGAACUCCCACUUCGGGCCUUCUCAUCUACAACCCCUGCAUUUUUAUGGUCAAACAGCCAUGACGAAUUGAAUACCAACGAAGUGAAGGAAGCUGUAAAUUACCAAACCCUUUCUCCUAAGGACUUGGCCAAGUCUGUCAUGUCAGAAGGUGGCUGGUCGAACUUACUGUGCUCCAAGCAGAAAUCUGAAGAUUCCGUUGAUCUUGCAAUUGUUUUUGUUGGAAAGGAGCCGCUGGAUAUGUCUGGUCGUAAACAUGAGGACCAGGCACUUCUAGACUUGCUUAAGGCCUCAUUCACAAAGUCAAAGUUUUCGUUAGCAUACCCUUAUGUUUCUGAAUCGGAAGAGAAUGAGCCUCUGCAAAGAUCAUUAGUUUCCGAGUUUGCAGAAACUUGUGGACAUGAUGCAGGAUUGAGCAAGCUUGGUAUAAUGGAAUCAUGUGCUGCUGAGGGUGGAAACUUCGAAAAACUUACUGACAUCAACUCAGUGCAUGAAUAUGUAGCUUCAAGUAUGGAAAAGAAAUCCAACGGGCAGAUACCAUUGGUUGUCUUUUGCAGUGGAGGAGCCAACUCACUGAAUGGAAAUGAGCAACCACGUUCUGAAGGCCAAGUUUUCUCUGAGCUCAUCAGUUCCGUAGAAAAGACAGGAGCUAAAUACUCGGUUUUAUACGUCUCUGACCCUAGUGUCAUCCGUUAUCCUUCCUACCGCCAGCUAGAUAGGUUUCUUGCAGAAAAAUCUGGAAAUUCAUCAGAUGACUCCAAUAAGUGUGAUGGAGUUUGCCAUAUUAAAUCAUCAAUGUUGGAGGGGCUUUUUGUGGGACUUGUCUUGCUCAUAAUUUUGAUAUCUGGACUUUGUUGUAUGGCGGGUAUUGACACCCCAACAAGAUUUGAAGCUCCUCAAGAAUCUUAAACCUUAUAUCCAGCUUUUUUAAGGAAAUAUUUGAACUUGUGGUGGUGGUGGUGGUAGUAUUAGUUAAGUCUUGAAUGAGUUCUAUUUAUUAUUGUGUACGCUUUGUCAAUAAAGGUUUGUCUACUACGUUUCUUUCAACACUUGGUGCGACAUUUUGUACUGGCAUAAAAACAUCAUGCAAUCUCAGUUAAAAACACAAGAUAACAUUAUACGAUGUAGGUUUUUUGA